AGCUUGAGCCUGAGCCAAACAAAAACUAGAAAACAAAACAAAACCCAAAAAGAUUUGAGAGAGAGAGAGAGAGAGAGAGACAAAUGGGGAGGGCCUUCGUGUAUGUAAUACUUGGCGGUGGAGUCGCUGCUGGCUACGCUGCUCUCGAGUUCUCAAAGAGAGGGAUCCACCAUGGCGAGCUCUGCAUCAUCUCUGAGGAAUCUGUGGCACCUUAUGAACGACCUGCAUUAAGCAAAGGGUAUUUACUUCCAGAAGCUCCUGCACGUCUUCCGUCUUUUCACACUUGCAUAGGCGCCGGUGAAAAGAGGUUGACACUGAAAUGGUACAAGGAGCAUGGCAUUGAGCUGAUUCUUGGAACUAAAGUAAAAUCUGCUGAUGUGAACCGGAAGACGUUAAUCACUUCCAAUGGAGAAACUAUUAGCUACAAAAUUCUCAUAGUGGCAACAGGUGCUCGGGCUUUGAAGCUUGAAGAAUUUGGAGUGAGAGGAUCAGAUGCUGAAAAUGUUUGUUAUUUACGCAAUUUGAACGAUGCAAAUAGACUUGUAGAUGUAAUGAAAACCUUUACAGGUGGCAAUGCUGUAGUAAUUGGUGGGGGUUAUAUUGGAAUGGAAUGUGCAGCUGCCUUGGUUACAAACCGAAUAAAAGUAACUAUGGUGUUCCCUGAGGCACAUUGUAUGGCUCGUUUGUUUACACCAAAGAUUGCUGAUUUCUAUGAGGACUACUAUGAAUCAAAGGGAGUAAACUUUAUAAAAGGAACAGUGCUUACAUCUUUUGAAAAUGAUUCUGAAGGGAAGGUUACGGCAGUAAUCCUAAGAGAUGGGACCCGAGUCCCAACCGACAUGGUUGUGGUGGGCAUCGGAAUCCGUGCAAAUACAAGCCUCUUUGAAAACCAACUAACCCUAGAAAAGGGCGGGAUCAAAGUCAACACCCGUAUGCAAACAAGCAACACCUCAAUUUAUGCAGUAGGAGACGUCGCAUCAUUCCCUGUGAAACUCUUCAGUUCUGACAUCCGCCGCCUCGAGCACGUCGAUUCCGCUAGAAAGACUGCAAGGCACGCUGUUUCGGCCAUCAUGAACCCUAACAGCACCGGCGAUUUCGAUUACUUGCCAUUUUUCUAUUCGAGAGUAUUUACUCUUUCAUGGCAAUUUUAUGGAGAUAAUGUUGGUGAUGUUGUUCACUAUGGAGAUUUCAGUAGUGGUAGAUUUGGAGCUUAUUGGGUGAAUAAAGGAAGAAUGAUUGGGGCUUUUCUUGAAGGAGGGACUAAAGAGGAGUAUGAGGCGAUUGCCAAGGCUGUUAAGCUUAAAAUGACCGUAAAGGACAUGGGCGAGUUUGAGAGGCAAGGGAUUGAGUUUGCUUUGAAGGGUGAUCGGGAGGUGAGCUCUGAGAUUGUAAGUGGAGUUAUGGUGGAGAAACCAGCAUAUAAUUUCCAUGCGGCCGCUGGCGUUGCUGUGGCUGUGUCGAUUGCUGCGUUUGCUUAUUGGUAUGGGAGGAGGAGAAGGAGGUGGUAAUAUUAAAUGAAUGUUUGUGUUAUGAUGAUUUAUACAUGUACACUUGUGUAACAGUAAAGUUACUGUAAAAAAAUGGUUAUUUAGUUCAACGAAUUCAUUGGAGUUC